AUGGGAACCGCGAUUCUUGUUCGAUCCGACAAUUCAUCUUCCAUUGUCAAAUCCCACCGAAACCCUAACCAUGUUUCCCGGAAAAAGAAAACUCCGACGGGCGGUCGAAACCCUAAUCGUCUCCGUUCAAGCGGCGAUCGAAACUGCACGGUUAUGAAACACCCGGGAUCAAAUAAUCUUGUGAUGGGUCAGGUUAAGAUUCUCAAAAGAGGCGAGAAGCUGAAUCUCAAUAACAUUACAACGAAGACUGACGAAUGUUACGAUUUGGACUUAGGAUCAACGGAUCGUCUUGGUCCGGAUCCUCUGACGGUCAAGAAGCAGGUUUGUCUUCAUGAUUUCACUCAGGGACUCUAUGCAGGUCCGACUUCCGUUUUGUCACCGCCGCCGAGUUUUCUACCUGUUCCCAAAUUUCUCUAUUUAGCUACUUAA